CCGAAAGAGUGGUGACGUUGAGCAUAUUCCCACCCUCCCGCAGCAUUUUCCUCUUCUUCUCUGUUUAAUCCAUUCCACAACGCCCCCAUGUCAUCACUGAAACGACCAUUUAGCCCUACCUCUUCUAGAGUCCAGUCAUUUCGACGACGACGCCUUCUACGGCUUGUUUCCAUCUUAUCCGCAGCCACCAUCACUCUGCUUUUCUUGUCCUCAAGUUCUCCUCUAAGAAACGACGACUAUGACGACUAUGCCAACGACUACGACACGACACCCUCAAUAGGACGCGUUUUCAUCGCCGCCAACCUCUGGAAAGCAGAGCAUGUCCUCGAAUCAUACUGGAUCCCGGCUCUUGUGUCCCUCAUUAUGCUUCUUGGCAAAGACAAUGUUUUCGUUUCGAUCACCGCCAGCCCGGGAAAAGACAACACCCUCUCCAUCCUCUCAACAUUCGACAAACAGCUCAAUGAAAUGGGCAUCGCGCGCAAGAUUGUGCUGGGAUGGCAGACACACGAACAGUUUGUGAAGAACAAACCACAGGAUGGGGAUGUAGGAUGGGUUACGACACGGAAGGGGAAUCGGCGGUGGAGAAGGAUACCCUAUCUCGUGAACGUUAGGAAUGAAGCCCUAGAACCGCUUAUGGACCCCGCCGUCGUCAACGGAACCCAUUCGUUCGACAAAAUCCUGUUCAUUAAUGAUAUUUACUUCACGGCUCACCAAGCACUAGAACUCCUUCAUACCCGUGGUGGGCGCUAUGCCGCUGCCUGCGGACUCGACUUUUAUCACGACCCAACGUGGAUAUUCUACGACUCCAUGGUCAUGCGCGACUCGCAGGGUAGACGCGUCGUAAGCUCCGAAUACCCCUACUUUGGCCCAGGCAAAAGCAGAGACGCCCUCCUCCGGGGAGAUCCUGUCCCUGUGCAAUCGUGCUGGAAUGGGAUGGCUGCGUUUGACGCUAGACCUUUCUUACCCCCGAAUUCUCUGCGAUUCCGCUCCAUUGAGGAUUCAUUGGCCACAAACUAUGUGGAAGCGAGCGAAUGCUGCUUGAUUCAUGUCGAUAACCCGGAAACGGCGCGACAGGGUGUGUGGGUGAACCCUCGGGUGCGCGUUGCGUAUAAGGAAUACGCGUAUAACGCAGUUCAAGAGUGGCCGACGCUGCGGGAGGAGGUCAAAGGAUUGUUUAUCCGGGCAUGGAGCAGCUUCUUCUCGUUACCUUGGCCAAAGGCGAAGGUGGAGAAGGCGUAUGAAAAGUGGACGGCGGAGAACGCGACGAGGCACGAACCAGGGAAGUUCUGUUUAUGGGACGAGAUGCAAGUGCUGUCGAAAAAUGGAUGGACACUACUAUUGUAG